UGGAGAUCAGCGAAGUCUGCGCAGAACAAUGUGAAACCUACGUUGCUACGUUACCCGCGUCCCACGGAUGUAGCGUACCCACAAUCCGGAAUACGGUUCGCGGCGUUAGUUGGCUAAGUUAGUUUAGCCUUCGAAGUUGAGGUGAACGGAGAAGCAAUUUGGUCUUCGACUAUGGCCUUGCGAGGGUCAGAGGAGGUCGAGGAGCAAAUGGAAGAAGCAGAACACUCAGAGGACAGGGAGCUGAGAGUGUCCCCGGCCGAGGAAAUGCCCGCCGACGGGCCUGGAGAGGAGGAACCGGAGCAGUUGCUGCUACCGUGGGACCGAUUCUCCGCCUGGCUGCACUGCAUCUGUGUGGUCGGAUUCGACCUAGAGCUCGGACAGGCGGUGGAGGUUAUAUACCCUCAUCAUUCAAAGCUCACAGAGAAAGAGAAAACAAGCAUCUGCUACUUGUCAUUCCCAGACUCCAACUCGGGUUGCCUGGGAGACACGCAGUUCUGCUUCCGUUUCCGGCAAGCGGCGGGCAGGAAGUCGUCGCUGGGAUGUUUUCUGGACCACUUUGACAGAGAUGCGCCGGUCUGCCUCAAGAAAGACCAGGGUCAUUUCUACGGCUAUGUCUACUUCAGGCAGGUUCGAGAUAAAUCGCUGAAGAGGGGUUACUUUCAGAAGUCUCUGGUUCUCAUCAGCAAGCGACCUUACGUGGCCUUCUUCCACUCACUGCUGAAGCUCAUUGCCCCAGAAUACUUUGAGAAACAGGAGCCCUGUUUAGAAGCUGCUUGCAACGAUAUUGAUCGGUGGUCGACGCCGAGUCCAGGGAAGAUAUUAACUCUCCCAAUCAUGGGUGUAGUUAUGAAGCUACGUAUUCCUACGUGUUAUGACAAGCCAGGAACCUCGCAGCUUGUGCUGUCCACACCGAGUGACAGUCUUGUGUCUAUCGUGCUCCCUACAAUCCAUGAAGUGGACCUCUUCAGGUGUUUCUAUCCAGUCUUCUUUCACAUUCAGAUGUUGUGGGAGCUUGUGUUGCUGGGUGAAGCGCUGGUUGUCAUGGCACCCUCACCAGCAGAGUCUUCAGACACUGUGCUGGCGUUAGUCAGCUGUGUUGCCCCAUUGCGUUACUGCAGUGACUUCCGCCCCUACUUCACCAUCCACGACAGUGAGUUCAAAGAGUACACGACCCGAACACAAGCUCCACCGUCUGUCAUUUUGGGCGUGACGAACCCUUUCUUCGCCAAAACUCUUCAGCACUGGCCUCACAUUAUUCGUAUUGGAGACAUGAAACAAACAGGAGAGAUGGCCAAACAAAUGAAAGUGAAGAAAUUAAAGAAUUUGAAGACUCUGGAUUCUAAACCAGGUGUAUAUACCGCAUAUAAGCCAUUCCUGAACAAAGAUGAAGAAAUCAUCAAGCAGCUGCAGAAGGGAGUUCAGCAGAAACGCCCUUCUGCAGCACAGAAUGCCAUCCUUCGGCGAUAUUUCUUGGAACUAACGCAGAGUUUCAUAAUUCCCUUGGAGCGCUAUGUUGCCAGCCUGAUGCCUUUACAGAAGAGUAUCUGCCCUUGGAAAAGUCCUCCUCAGCUGAAGCCUUUUGUUCAGGACGAGUUUAUGAAGACACUGGAAAAGGCUGGACCUCAGCUCACCUCACGCCUCAAAGGAGACUGGAUAGGCCUUUAUAGGCAGUUCCUCAAGUCACCCAACUUCGAUGGCUGGUUCAGGAACCGAAGGAAAGAGAUGACUCAGAAAUUAGAGGCCCUGCACCUUGAAGCGCUUUGUGAUGAGGAUCUCCAGUUGCGAAUUCAAAAACACACAGAAGUGGAGACAGUCGACCUUGUACUAAAAUUGAAGGACAAACUGACACAGGCAGAGAGAGAGCAGCUGCCAGUUAGAGCAGGAACCCUGGCCAAACUUCAGACCCACAUCGAGUCAGUCAUCCUCACGCUUCCAGAAGACCUGCAGGGCAUCCUGCACAAGCCUGUCAGCCCCUGACCUUAACAAAAACUACUGCGUAACCAAGGCCAAGAGGGGACAGCGGAGCUGAUGACUGUGUUUUGGCGGCGGAGGCAAACCUGGCACCACCUCUGUGGAUUUUAACUGGCUCUACUUUCAAGUGCAAUUGUUUCCAAUAGACCUGUGUGCCCUGGAGUGGGGCAAUGCUGGCAUUGCCGAAGCCCAGCAAAGAUGAAAUCGGUCUGAUGACAUUUGCCACGCUGUACGUAAGAGAUUGUUUGCUUAGAGAGUGAUGCACAUUCUGUUAAUUUCCUCAUAUUUAUACUGUUUGUCUCUCACUGUGUGAGACUGACUUUGUUUUUGAGUUUAUAAAACAUGGCUGCCUGGAGAGAAACUGAGGUGUAGAGAAACCACAAGGAAGGCUACCAGCCAGAUAUUUAAGCCCUUAAAUGAAAUGUUAGAGGAGGAAGUGGUGAACGUAUAGUAAAGCUGGCUUUUUCUAAAAUUCCAGAAGUUAAGCUGCUGGCACAUGUUCAGUUGUUUUAUUGACUGGGGUAUGCAGGUUUUCUGGGAAUAGAGUAGGCCCAGCCCUAAAGAUUUCCUUUGGAUAUGUCAUAUUGUUCAUUUCAAUAAGCUGAAGAUUUGUUGAUCUGCAUCAAAAAACCUACCUGGUAUGUGUCCACAGCAUAUGGCGCAGAUGUCUCCCUUCACUCUCUUCACUAGUGCCUCGGUGCUUGAGGCAAAUAUUUCUGUAUAGCAUGUUAGACUUGUGUAGUUAAAAUGGUUUUUUUUUUUUUUUUUUUUUCUUUUUCAGUCAGUUUAGAGUGGCAUUCAAUGAUAAACGUUCCC